GUGGACAAAAAAGAGAGGAGUGGAGAGAGAAGAAUGGAAUAAAGUUUUGUCCUCUAACCAAAUCAGUCCCUUCCUCGCAGCAAAGGGCUCUGGCCCCCUCCCCUCCUCUUCCCCAUCCCUCCUCCCCCCUCUCUCUCUCUCUCUCUCUCUCUUUCUCACUCGCUCGCUCUCUCACUCACUUUCUCUCUCUCCACCCACUCCCUCUAGGUCCUCUCUCUUUCUCGCUCUCUCUCUCUCCACCCCCUCUCGCUCUCAGGCUGAGGCAGUUGGUUCACUCCACUGUGCUGUGUAUGUCUGGGAUACAGCAGUGAGAGAGAGAGAGCGAGAGAGAGAGAGAGAGAGAGAGAGAGAGAGGGCUGUGUGAAAGAGAGGGAGCUGUUAUUUAGGUCUUUUACAGCAGACAGGGAGCAGCUUGCCCUAGGGCGAGGGGAGAACGAUAGAGCAACACAGAGCUCUGAGGAGCAGCCACAGCCAGGCAGGAACCAGCCCUGCAUUCCAGACAAGGGAAAGGGAAAAGGGGGAACAGAAGUUCCAGAAGGAAAGGAGAGAACAGGCGAGAGAGAGAGAGAGAGAAGGAAGGAAGGAAGGAAGGAAGGAAGGAAGGAAGGAAGGAAGGGAAAAGGUAGCAGGAGGCAGCAACACAUCAGAGCUACAGGAGGGGUUUGAACCAGGACCUUUGCUGUUGUUGUUGUUGUUGUUGUUGUUGUUGUACUACAGUGAGGUGACCUAGCUACUCCAGGAGGAAGGAAGAGGGGUAGGUAGAGCAACAGGGUUUAUCUGUGUGUUAUCAGGAGGUAGGGACUAGGGAAGGGGUACUGUAACAGUAAAAGGAGGGUUAAAGCUUCACCACCAUGUUUGACUGUAUGGAAGCUCUGGGGAUGGGCCCACGCCAGCUUUAUGAUGUCACCAGCCGGGGUACGUGCAUGCUGCGGAAGGCGAGCCCCUUCUUCGCGGGCCUGGACCCCUUCGCCUGGACCGGCAGCGCCAGCGUUCAAUCGGUGGAGACCCAGAGCACCAGCUCAGAGGAGAUGGUUCCCAGCUCUCCCUCUCCACCUCCCCCGCCACGCAUCUACAAGCCCUGCUUUGUGUGCCAGGACAAGUCCUCCGGCUAUCACUACGGGGUCAGCUCCUGUGAGGGCUGCAAGGGUUUCUUCCGACGCAGUAUCCAGAAGAACAUGGUGUACACCUGUCACCGAGACAAGAACUGCCAGAUCAACAAGGUCACCAGGAACCGCUGCCAGUACUGCCGACUGCAGAAGUGCUUCGAGGUCGGCAUGUCCAAGGAAGGUGAGAGACCAGUGCGUAACGACAGGAACAAGAAGAAGAAGGACGUGAAGGAGGAGUUGGUGCCGCCGGAGAGUUAUGAGCUGAGUGGCGAGCUGGAGGAGCUGGUCAACAAAGUCAGCAAGGCCCACAAAGACACCUUCCCCUCACUGCUGCAGCUGGGCAAAUACCACACCAACUCCAGUGCAGAGCAGCGCGUGCAGCUGGACCUGGGGCUGUGGGAUAAGUUCAGUGAGCUCUCCACCAAGUGCAUCAUCAAGAUCGUGGAGUUUGCCAAGCGCCUCCCCGGCUUCACCACCCUCACCAUUGCUGACCAGAUCACCCUCCUCAAGUCAGCCUGCCUGGACAUCCUGAUGUUGAGGAUCUGCACGCGCUACACCCCAGAGCAGGACACCAUGACUUUCUCCGACGGGCUGACCCUGAACCGGACCCAGAUGCACAACGCAGGCUUUGGCCCGCUCACAGACCUGGUGUUUGCCUUCGCUGGCCAGCUGCUGCCUCUGGAGAUGGACGACACAGAGACGGGCCUCCUCAGCGCCAUCUCCCUCAUCUCUGGAGACCGUAUGGACCUGGAGGAGCCCCAGAAGGUGGACAAGCUGCAGGAGCCCCUGCUGGAGGCCCUGAAGAUCUACGCUCGUCGCAGACGCCCCAACAAACCACACAUGUUCCCCCGCAUGCUGAUGAAGAUCACUGACCUCAGAGGCAUCAGCACCAAGGGUGCUGAGAGGGCCAUCACUCUGAAGAUGGAGAUCCCAGGCCCCAUGCCUCCUCUGAUCAGAGAGAUGUUAGAGAACCCAGAGGCCUUCGAGGACCAGACAGAGAGCAGUGGAGAGAGCUCCCCACCGCCUGCCCCUCCUGCCGCUCCACCAGCCUCCACCAAGCCCCCCACCACCAUGAAGACUGAGGCAGAGGACGAGGAGGACAGCUGGGGGACAGAGAACGGAAGUGAGCCCUCCCCAGAGGAGGAAGAUGAGGAUGAUUAUGAUGAUGGGGAGGAAGAGGACAGGGGCUCGGACAGUGAGGGGGAAUCCUGGGCUCUGGAGAGUAGCAGCGAAGGGGAUAGGAAGAGCCAUGCUGGGAGGGCGCAGUGAGGAGGAGAGGCGAUCACACACAAAUAGAGUCUGUUCACUCAAAUACACACACUAACUGACGUAAUCAUACACACGCGUGUGCGCGCACACACACACACACACAGACACACAUACACCCACCCUACCCCUUCCAAUGCUGGCCCUCCCUCGCUUUCCUCUGUAUCCUCUCCAUCUCCCUACUGCACAUCAGUCUCUCCAAGCAGGACAUGACAGGACAGCAGAGACUUACACCUAACUGUACAGACACUAUAACUCAGGUUCUCUGACUCACAGGUUCCUGAUAAGUAACAUGCAGACACGCAGAGAGACUAGCAGAGAUACUAUUAUAAAAGAGGGACGGAGAGACGACAUGAUGCAACCGACUGGACUCGUGACCCCUGAUAUAGACAAGAGGGAAGAUGGCGUGAUGACAACAAAGAAAACGGACUCUCUUUGACAAAAAAAAAUCUCAUUUUUUACUAUCUUUUUGUUUGUAUCUACAUAGAGGAAAGGCCAAAACAGAUGAACUGAACUAUAGAUUUUUUCUAACGGAUGCAAAGCAAAACACGUUUCUCAAAAAGACGAACACAGGAUGAAACCAAACUGAAUAUGCUAAUCGAUUAUUUUGCUGUUAUUUGCUUUUGAAUAUUGUAAAAAAAAAAAUCUUGACUUUUCUUUCUCUUUCAAUGUAUUAAUUAGUCCAUACAUAUCUAUAUACCAUUAUAUUUGGUUUGUUUGUAAUCCUGGUUUUGUAAAUGAUUUCUUUAGAUGAGGUUUUGUUUUUUGAGGAGUUUUGGAUAUCCAGAGAGAGACGAAUCAGAAUCCCAACUGGCAGACCUCGAACUGAAUCUUCUUUCCAACUGCGCCGCUGGUGUUUUUUGGGCAGUUUUGCUCGCCGUAGAUGUCAAUGAUAAUCAACUCAGUAAUGUUGUGUUACAGUGACUAAAGUUGUGAUUUGUGUUGUUUAUCAGGGGACUAGCAUUAAUCUAUGUGCUUCCUUUCAACGCAACAAACUAUGCUGUCGAAUGGAUAGUGUCUCAGUGCCAAAGUUAGCAACUCAACACACAUUGACAUAUAGAAUUAUACACACGCACACACACACACACACACACACACAGACACACACACACACACACACACACACACACACACACACACACACACUAAACCUCGAACCUAUAACAGAUGUGCCGUUUUGGCUUUGUUUGGUAGACAGAGAUUGACCGUUGGCCGUAGCACUAGGCUGUGGCACUUUGAUAUCCUGUUUUAUACUAUAGAUCUUUAUUGCCCAAUAUUGACAGUACAGUCAAUGGCAAUCUCAUCUUAUUCAGCAGUCAUGCAAUUGACGAACACAACGGAAAUGUAGAGAACUAUCAUCAAAUGCCUGUGAAACCGAAGCACUAUUUAACAACGUACACAAGCAAACACUCACUGACACAUGAUCGACACACAUGAUCGACACACACAAGUUCAAACCAGGAACCGUUAUGGGCAACGACAUGAAAACAGACUUCUCAGGGCUUCUCUGUUACUAAGGACCAAACCCUAGCGGCCGCCAAGCUGUAGGGUGCGCUAGAAACAGGCAAUAUUUAUGUGUGUGCAUUUUUGACUCAGUCAGUCGGAUCUGACCAGUUAACUCCUAGCUCUGUGUACAUAGAAGAUAGAUGACUGGUGUACAAACGGCGUGGAUGCCAGCCAGUCUGUUACCCUUUUCACACUAUCAUGCCAACCCAAACCAAACCAGUGCUGGCAUAGAUAUUCUAUUUUCACAUUGUCCUUUCCAGCACAGUUCCAGGAACUAUGGUGGGUGCAUAGCCAGGUCAGUUCUGUACAGCUUAGUUUGGCUCGGCUCACUAGUGUGAAAAGCACUCAUCUGUCUCAGACCAGACCUGGCCAGCAGCAUUGUCAAUGACCUGCCUGGCCUGUGCUCUGUGCUGCUGGCAUCCAAGAAACCAACUGCCUUCUCAUCCAAAGCCAUUACAUCAUCAUGUCUUUGUAAUGUUGUAGGAUAUACCCUCUCUCUGUCUUCUUCAAUGAAGUGGCAGGCCAAUGUGUCCUCCUGUCAUUUCUACUUCUCAAUCUUCUAUGUUGCCAACAUGUCCCAGUCAAUAUGUAACCAACUGUUCAUAAUGCAGCUGGCUACGUGUACAUCCAGAGUUUUGUAUACAGUCUGGCUACGAAGAUACAGUAUAUGAACAGGAACGCAACAGACUCCUCCCAGCGGUAGAGAAAGAGGCCUACUGUACAGUUCUCUCUGAAUGUGGCCCUCCUAGUUGGUUUUGAGUGUGUGUACAGGCUUUAGCAUGUCUCCUCUGUCAUUGGGUGAAUGUUCUCUGUACGGUGCUGUGACGUCACACAGGAUCGCGGAGAAGCAGAGCGGCGAGGUUUGAUGACCUCAUUUCCUCUCGGCCUGCCCUGCCAGGCCUUCAUGAUGCAAACGUUGCGAUUACGUUGUUUUGAUGCCGGUGUUCUUCUCUGUAAAACAUGGCCACGGUAUUGUCCAAUCUUCUGUUCAUACCAACUCUGUCAUACAAAGAAAAAGCCAUAUGAACUGUAAGGCACAAUAAAUUACUUUUGUGAGAUUAAUAUCAUAUUUCCUUUGAGAAAUGUCUCAUUCUCUUAAAA